AUGUAUAAUGAAUAUUCUAACGAGAGUGGACCAAUUUUAUCAACAUCAAAUAACAUGCUAAAUGGUAAUUCAACUCAACAUUCUCAACAAACUUUGCCGAAGUCUCUACAACAUCAACAAUUACAACAAAAGGCAGAUUUUGCUUCAAUAUCAAAACAAAUAGAAUUAGCAAAAGUUAAAGCAAAACAACUAUAUGAUGAAAUAAUAGUGGUCAAAAAGAAAACUCAAGAUACAAAUUUAAAAACAGUUUCAAUAAAUGUGAAUAAUAUACCUCGAGAUUCAUGUAAACUAAAAUUAUACAAUAAUCUAAAGGGUCAUCAAAACAAAAUAGGUAAAAUAUGUUGGAAUACAAACUCAACCAAAAUAUUAAGUGCUUCACAAGACGGUUAUAUGAUUCUAUGGGACGCUAUAACUGGAUACAAGAAACAAGCAAUACAAUUGGAUAACAAUUGGGUAUUAACUUGUAGUUUAUCACCAGAUGAAAAAUUAGUUGCAUCGGCAGGUUUAGAUAAUCAUUGUACAAUAUAUAAAAUUCAACCAGACAAUUUAAAUAAUCCAGUUCAAGAAACACAGCAACAAAAACUGAUUAAAAACACUAACAAUAGUUAUCAAUUGCAAACUGGAUUUUAUCAAUCUAUUCAAUCAAUUUUUAAAGGUCAUACUGCGUAUAUUUCAGAAUGUGAAUUUAUUGAUAAUAAUUCAAUAGUCACUGGUAGUGGAGAUAUGACAUGUUCAUUAUGGGAUAUUACAAAGGGCUCCAAAAUAAGAGAUUUUAUUGAUCAUGUUGGUGAUGUACUAUGUUUGUCCGUAUUUCCUAAAAGUAUAUUGGAGAAUAAUUUAUUUUUAAGUGGUUCAAGUGAUGGUUAUGUUAAAUGUUGGGAUUUAAGACUGCCAACAUCAAUACAAAGUUUUAGUAUUUCAAAUUCAGAUGUCAAUUGCGUAAAGAUUUUUCCAGAUGGGAACGCAUUUGCAACUGGUUCUGACGAUGGUAUGAUUAGAUUAUUUGAUUUAAGAAGUGAUUGUGAAAUUUCUUACUAUUCUUUACAACAAGAGAUUAAAAAUUCCUUUGUUAAUGGUGGGUCUCAAAUUCCUCAAUUGACUUCACCACCGACUCCAAUUGAUAAAAAGACGUAUCAAUAUGGAAACAAUUAUACUUCAUUACAACAACAGCAACAACAAUCACAAUCAUUAAUUUAUCAAUCAGAUAUAAUAAGUACAAAUGGAAGAAAUAGUAUAUAUUCAAGAAAUUCCAUACUAGAAAAUUCUGGAAUUUUUUCAAUUGAUUUUAGUAAAAGUGGUAGAUUAUUAUAUUCUUGUUAUUCUGAUCAUGGUUGUGUUGUUUGGGAUACUUUGAAAAAUGAAAUAAUUGGAAGUUUAGGUAGUGAACAUUUAAAUAAGAUCAAUAAAGUUGCUGUAAGUCCUGAUGGAAUUGGAUUAGCUACUGGUUCAUGGGAUUCAACAAUUAAAAUAUGGAGUGUAUAA